AUGUCAGGAAGCCUCGAUUGCGACAGGGCCCAAUAUCCAUAUCAACCGGUGUGCCGCUGCAGUGGCACCACGUCCACAACGACGCUGUCGGCUCUGUGGUUCCUCGGCGAGCUUGGCGACAGCUGCGACGACCUGUGCGAAUUCAAGGGAUAUGCAGGUUGCGACGAGGUG